GGCGGGUGGCGCAGAUAAUGGUGUUUCUCCUUAAAUCUCUGGUGUACAGAUCGACUGGGACAUCCUGGUCUGCCUUGCUAGCAUCGGAAUUCGCGAAACCCAAAGCGGAGCUCGGGUACGCAUUGCAACUGUGUUAUAGUCGCAGCGGAUGCAACAGCAAAAUAAAGCUUGCAACAAAGUCGCCGCCCCCGACGUGCAUCUUUUGCAGGACCAAUAUUUCGAUUAUAGGCAUGGGUAAGUGGGCCAUACUCCCAUGAUUUCGACAGUAGUUUUUUUGGUGUGCAAGACAGACCCCAUUUCGAAAACGAAGAAGCCACGAAGUUAGUUGUUCUGUCAAGUCGUGGUACAGGCGUGAUGACGAAUCACAUGUUGAUGAUGCAAAAGAAGCUGUGAUUGUGACAAGUUUGCACAUGAUAUUUGGAUCGACAUAACGGCUGGAUUUUUGAUGGAUUUGCACUGGUUGACUAGCAAACUCUCACUUCGCGCCUUUCUCCAGGAUCACGACCAUGAAGGGAGUGAGUCAUCGGCUGGGAGCGAUUAUGAAAACAAGGAUGACUUUUCUCCUUUCGAAGUUUUUUCGCAGGAGUUUGCAGAAUCGACGACCACUUUUGCCCGCGCGGCGCUAAAUCUUUGGGAGGAAGCUUUGACCUCGGUGGCAGAAGGCCCGGAAGAGGACGAUUCUGACGAGAGCCGCGAGUACGCGUGGAGGAUGCAAAUCGAGCGACGUCGCG